AUGCCACGAAAUAAGAGACUUAGUCCGACGAAACAUGUUCAAAAGGAAAGUAGAUCUAAAAGUACGGGGAAGGAUAAUCAGGAUAAAAUUUUCCAGUCUGUCCAAGAAAUGUUUGCUGGACAGCUUGAAGCAGAAAUUAUCCAUAUGGUAUUGGAGGAGUGUGAUUGGAAUGUUGAGAAAGCAGUGGACAAUCUAUUUGCCAUUUCGGAAACUGGGAUAAAGACAGACCCUGAAAAUAAAAACAGACUGGCACAGAUUGCACAUGACAUACUAUGUAGUGAUGUAUCCAGUGACUCUAUGUCUGUCAGUAGCCACUCAAGUAUGGCAUCAACAGAGGAGACUAGCAGUUCUCGGAGUGGUUUAACAAAAUCAUCCUCCAACAACUCAAGGGAGAUAAUUCUUAAUAGUACGGAGAUUGAAGGAGCUACUAGUUUUGAUCCAACUAUGAUUGAGGUUGAACAUUUUGUAAAGCCAAUGCCAGUUGAAAGUGAAAACAUAGACAUCCUAAAUCAGUAUUGCGCUGAUGCAGAUGCCUGGGUGUCAUCUGUGAAUAACAUUGGUGUGACUGCAGUAGACAAGGGUUACAAGAACUUUGAUAGGCAGUCAUUACAAAACAACAUAGUAGCGGAUGUUUCACCAGUCAGUAAAACAAGUCCUGUUAUAAUGGAAGCAGAUGUGUCCUGGCCUCAGCUAAAUAGUCAGGAUCAUACAUCUGAUGCAGAUGGUCCACAAUCUCAGCACAGUUCUUCUGUGAGUGUUAUUAUGAGAGAGUUGAAUGUAAUGUUACCUUCAAAGACACAUGUAAAAUCCAAAUCAUCUUCCUAUUCCGAUUACAUUCAUGAAGAAGGUGAAGACAUCAUAAAAAGACAUUCUGACAGUGCAAAUGUUGAUAUAGUAGGACAUAUGCCUUGUAGGGCACCUUGUAAGAGCAUGACUUCCUGUGACAUGAACAGAGAUAGUGAAGGUCUCGUCAACACAGGCAAUAUCUCCAGUAAUCUGACACCUGAUAGUAGCACUAGCCUCAAGGAUAUGUUUCAGAGCAGUGGUAGCAUUGAUGGCAGCAUACCAAGUCUGACGACAGAUAUAAUGCAAGGAACUCAGAUAUCAGGCAGUGAACAAGAUAUUCUUGGAUUUUCUUCAGCUCUCAUUCCUCCUGAAGAUAUGGAAUAUAAUAGUAAUGAAAAUUUGGAUGAUUCGGGGAAAAAAGUGCAAAGCUUGACAAGUAAGGGUAGUCUUAGCCGUGUUCUGAUGGAACCUGAAUCACCAGUAUCAGUUUUUGAAAAUUUAGGAAAAUUAGCAGGGGAGAUAGCUCAUAUGGAACUACAGCCACAGGUGCAAUCUCAUUCAUCUUUGGAAAUUUUUAAUAGUGAUGACUUUGAUAAUGAAUUUCUUUAUGGUACGAAAUCAGAUUUGCAAAAUUCUGGCAGAUUAAUCAAUUUUCAAACUGAUGUGUAUAAAGAUGAUGAUAAAUUGAAUUUUAAGAGUUCGGAAAAUUUAGUUAAUAUUGAUAAAGACCAUUCUGUUGUGAGCAAGAAUAGACCUAAUUUACAGACUUUUGACCUUGACUUCAGCAGAUCAGAUGGUAACACCACUUAUCAAACUGCAAAUUCAGGAAAUGGAGAAACUGAUCAAUAUACCAAUAUAUUAGAAAAAAUAGAAGCUUCAAAUUCUGAAUCUAAUGUAAAAAAUCUUAUGCUUGAUUUAGACAAAGAUAUGGAUGAGCUUUCAUCAGAGCAGAUGUAUGAUUCAGAUAACAUUUCAAACUCGAGUAGUGAUAGCUUAAAUGAGAGUUUAACUCGGGCUUUAGAUGAUAGCAUAAACCUAACAGAUUUGGGGGUAGUAACAAAUGAGAAUGACAAUUAUGAUGGUGUUGUAAGAAGCCAGAGUUGUAUGGGUAGUCAGUCAGAAGAUGAGUUGGGUGAUGAGCUAACAACAGCAUUGAACAAAUCUGUGGAUUUAACAAGUCCUGGCAUUCAAAAUGACAAUGGAUCCAGUCAAGUUGAAUCUUCUGAGAAUGUAACUACAACAUCCAAAAUAUUACUUACACUGCAUGACUCCGAUAGUGAUGAAAAAUUGAGUAAAUUUUCUGAAAAAAUCAGAAAGGAUGAGCUAGAGAAAAAUGCACCUGUUCAAGGAAAAGAAUCUCAAACUCGCACCAGGACACGUGAUAGUGUAGGGUUACCUAAUUUUCCUUCUAAUUUAUCUGUAAAUGCCUGUGAAUUUGUUCCAAAUAUUGCAACAGAAGUGCAAGCUUUGAAUAUGAACAAAAGCAGUAAUCCCAACAAACCAAAAUUUUUGACCCCCAAGUAUGUGUCUGCACCGCAACCAAUCAGUAGGUACAAAUUUCCCAUUGAUGGUAAACUUCAACAACCUUUCUCAUCUGGAACACAACAGACUGUGUCAGAAAACUCUCUCCCUGAAAAAGCUUGGUCAACACCGUUUAGACCGCACAACUCAACAGCUGUUGGAAAUAACACUUGGAGGUCAUGCAGUAACAUGGGAUAUCCUCCCCCAAAGAUUCCUGAGCACCCCCCACCUUACUGGCUUUCACCAGCUCCUUUAGUUAAACAAGCUGAGAUUAUUACCCAGAAGGAAACUCCCUCUUCAACAAAGCUUACAGAUAUACAGAAAGUUGAGAUCAAGAUACAAGCAGGGCACAAAUGUUUUGUGAUGCUCCGAGGUCUGCCGGGCAGUGGAAAGUCUACCCUAGCCAGGAAGUUGCAACGUGCAUCUGUAAGACCAGGUGUAGUACUGUCCUCAGAUGACUACUUUGUGCAGGACGGUGUCUACAAAUUUGAGCCCCAUCUCUUGUCUGAAGCUCAUGAGUGGAACAGACUCCGAACAAUUCAGAACCUACAUAAAGGCUGUACACCAAUAAUUGUGGACAACACUAACACUCAGGCAUGGGAGAUGAAGCCUUAUGUAAAACAGGCACAGAAGUUUGGUUAUGACGUCUGCUUUCUGGAACCAGACACUCCAUGGAAAUUUCAAGCAAAGGAACUUGCCAGGAAAAACACCCAUGGUGUGCCCCUCCACAAGAUCCGCAUCAUGUUGGAGCGUUAUGAAAAGGGUUUAACAGUGGAACAUGUUCUUGGAAAACCUCCCAAACAAAGUGAUGAAGCCAAAAAAAUUAUUAGUGAUCAGAAAACUCACCAUAAGGAAAAAACGAUGCACACAGAUGGUGUAACCCAGCCUGGUUGGAGACAUUCACAAAGUUCAUUGGUACAACAAUAUGCUAAUAGUCUUGGCAAGGGUCAGAAACAGCAUGCUCAGCAACCAAAGUCCAAACAUACACUAAAUUCACCCACAAAGAGGAAUGAAAAGGUUAUGGAAGAUAUAUUUAGUGAAAGCCCUGGAGUUUUUUUACUGUCUUCUGUAGUAUCUAGUGUGUCAGACUGUAACCAAACACAACAGUCCCCGACAGUGGUUCCUCAUACAGAUCUCAAUCCACUCUCAUUACCUUCAUGUAGUAAUGAAAAUAACAACAACAUUUCUCAGGCAGAUUGGAAAAUGUGUGAGCAAUCCCGCCAAUCUGAUUCAGUCCGUCAAUUCAGCAGAUCUGACCACAAAAAUGUUGCGGUCGAUAGUUCCACUGCAGGGAUGACUAGCAUGGACAUGGACAGAGGUCUCCCUUUGGAUAAACAAUUGGUUGAAACUCCAGCUGCUGUUGAAAAUAUGGGUCAGCAGACAGAAUCUCUUGAAAUAAUUCCCAAUAAGGAUCUAGCAGUCAUCUCUCCCAGAGAGUUACAUGAUACAACUCCUGUUGAAUCAGAAUUGGAGGACACUGGAAAUUCUAGUUCACCAAGAUCACACAAAGGCAGCAUGGCUGGAAACAUGAAGAACAUGUCACCUAGAAGCCAGAGUAGUGGUGUGAGAGAUUCCAGCUCUUCAUCUGAAGGUACAUUUCACACAUGCUGCGAGAUGUUGACAGACCAGGAGGAAGUCAUUUCGUCUGUACAGGAGGAUCAAGCCAUUGACUCCCAGGAAACUUCAAUAGACCUGUCAAAUUUGUCAUCAUUGGAGGAGGGUGCAGAUAGCAUUAUAGAGUCCAAUAACAUUUCAGAGGUAGAACAUGGUCCUGUUAUACCUGACAGAGCUUCAGAACCAGAUGACUGCUCAGAUUGUCCUGUGGUAUCGGACAAGAAACCUGGUUUUAUACAGCAUCAUGCAACCUCAGGAGGCCAUUGUAUUCAGAACACAGAAGAAGAAAACAAAGAUGCUCAAAAGACAGACGAUCAAGACAUCGAAAUUCAAAAGUUAUACAUUGAUGAAAAUGAUACUCAAAAUAAACCUGAAGAUCAUCCUGAUUCUCAAAAGAUGCCUGGAGAUAGUGCUAAUAUGCAAAAGACAUCCAAAAAUGAUGAUACACACCAAAUAUCAGAAGAUGACCAUAUCUCCUCACAGUCAACAGUAGAUGUUCUUGACAGCCAACAAACAUUAGUAGAAAACCUCGAUACUGAACAAAUAACAGAAGAUCAUCUUAAUCCCAAGCAGACAAUGUCAGAUGAACUUGACACCCACCAGACAUUAGUGAGUGGAACAUUAGUCAUUGUUGAUGGGUUGACAACCAAAGAUGAGAUGGUAGCUUCCAAUGAUGAAAUUCUGACAGAUAAAUUUGCAAUGGAAGAAAACAUAGAUGUAAAACAAAAAGUGGGCUCACCAGAAGUGAUGAUUGAUCAACAUAAUAUCAACACCUUAGAGGAUAGCAAAGUCAGAAAAGGGAUUGAAACUGGAACCAAAUAUUCAUCAGAGGACAUUCCCCAGAAUGUGAAAGACACUGUGGAUGAACUUAUCAGAGAUAAUGUAGGGAGUGACUUAAAUUACUCCAUAGACUUCAGUGUAACAGCUAAUGAACUAAAAGCCAUUCUUCUCUUCACAGACUUGGAUGAGGAUGAGAAAGUGGUGGCUGAGCAGUACAUCAGUUACAGGUUAUGUGGCAAUAGAUCAGAAGCAUAUAGCACAACAACUUCCCAACAAAAAAUAUUAGAUGAAGAGACUGCUAAUUCAUCACCCAUUAUCCAGGAGGACUUAAAUGAACAAAUCCUGAAUAGAGAUUUUUACUCUGCACAAAUUUUGGAUUGGGAGGAACCAAAACCAGCUAGAAAACAGCGAAUUAGCAAACAUCCAAAGGUGAAAAAUGUUCAAGAAUUAUCAAAUUUGAAAAAAGAUGUUAAAAAAACAGAAAAUGAAUCUUUAAGAAUUCCAAUGGAACAUGGACUUGAAAAUCAAAAGGUUUUAAAAACAUUAAGUAAUGUGGAACAAGAGGAUAUAAAUAUGUGGACAUGUCCUCAAAGACAAAGGCAGAAACGUACACGUAAUUAUAGAAAACAUGCAACUAGUCCACCAGUUGAUGACACAGACCAGAAAAUAUCCACUGAGUCCAAGAUAGAACCUUUGGUUACCUCAGUUGCUUGUCAGGCUCUGACAAAGGAAGCAGAGGAAGAUUGCAGUCAAUCUUCUCAGUCUCAAUUAUCCCUGGAACCUUCUCCAACCAAACCAGCAAAGAAGAAAUCAAAUCGGAGGAAACUUGAUCCAUACAAACAAGGGCCGUUCCUAGAGGCUGAGGUAAAGGAGAAAGUGAUUGGUGCUGACUGGACUUUUCCUGAAUUGUCAGAAUCUGUUCUGAAACCAGAUAUCCCUCAGAAAAAGAAAGUGCUGUGUUUGUUGGAACAUGAAACCUACAUUACAACAAGGGACUUAAAGGUGCUAAACGCUGUCAACAGAGGAGAUGACCCAACACACUUGAUUGGAGGUAGAAAAUGUUACCAUAUCUUAGCCGCUCAAAACAAGGAUAUCAGUGGGGAGGUAUCCAACUUGGAGGUCAGCAGUGUAAAAUGCGUGGAAGCACAACACUGUGUUGAUAGAGGCACUAUGACUGAAGAAAACGUUGAAGCAGACAUUGACUUUCUACAAAAUAGUUUCCCAACUAUUCCCAUUGAUGAGCUCUCUGAGGUUUUACGUCAGUGUGGAAACAACCUUCAAUGGGCCAUCAACCUACUUCUUGACUGGAAAUACAACAUUCCUCUCAGCUCUGAUGACAAGGAGAAGUUUGUUAGCAGAAUGUUUCAGCUCCAAAAAUCACCUACUGUACCAAAAUUUUCAUUCUCUGCAGGACAACGUCCUGUUGUGCAGUCACCCACAUCUCUGCUAGACAUAUGUGUAAGGUAUGUGGAGUCCCAGCACAUCGCUCCGAGACAGGAUGUGGAACAUCAAAUCAUAAUGAGUAGUCAACAGCGACUCCAUUCCAUAGAAGAAAAUAUCAGAUUGAAACGAACACAUUCUCGAACAUUUACCCAGAGUGCAGUUCCCGAUGAUGAAUUCAAUGAGAACAUUCUUAAAGAAUUGAUUUCCAUGACUGAACAAGCAUCCUCUGAUAGUACAAGUGACGCCAGUGAUGACAAGGUUGUGCUAGACAACCAGCUGGAUAUUUCCUAUGUAGAGUCAUGGACAGCCAACCAGGCAAAUGAUUUCACAAAGGGGCCAAGUAUGGAGAGUUCAGCCAGUGGAAAUAGAUCUGAUGAAGAAGCACAUGACUUUCAAGCAUUGCAGAGCUCUACACCAGUCAUGGCUAUUCAGCUUUCAGGGGAGACAAUCCAAGACCUUCAAAGGCAGUUUGGACCAAUCUCACAUUUAUCAGGUGUGAAAGGUGAUGUAGUAGUUCCCCUGGAUUAUAGAACUGCCCAAGCACUACACCGAUGUUUGAUGCUUACCAUUAAUCAGCAGACAGUGGACAGACAGAAACAGAUGCUAGAAGAUGAAGCUUUUGCCCGUCGACUCCAGGAUGAAGAAAUACUUAAAACAAGAAAUCAGCCUCCUCCAUCAUUCAACCCACCUCCUAUGAAUCAUUCAUUGCCCCUGGGAGGGGUCAAUCAAGUUCAGCACAAGCAGCAUCCUAAAGAGCAAGGGGUAACUUCCCUGAAAGAUAUCAUGGUGGAGGAGAUGGAACGCGAGAGAAGAAAAGAGGAAGAGAUAAAGCUUUUGGAGGCCAGUGGUAACCACAAUGUGUUAGCUAACCGACUUAAGAGGAAAAAAUUGUAUGAGCAGUUCCCUGGGAUAGAUGAGACCCUGCUGGACGACAUAUACAGGGAUAACAGUUACAACCUGGACAACACUGUUUUAGCCAUCCGUGGGUUUUUGACACAUGAUACAACUCCUCCUAAAAAUGUUCGGACUCAAGAGGCCAGUGAAGCAUAUGAAGAAAAGCUACUAGCAGCUGCCAAACAGCAAAGUCUUCAGGAAAUGAUGGAUUCAUACAUGUACAGUCCUGAGGAGAGAAAAACUUACCAAGAACAUGAAGACCCAGACUAUGAUGACUUCAGAGCUGAAGCUAACAUUCACCAUCGCCUCAGGCAUGAGUGUUUCCAGAAGGCACAGGAGGCAUACAGGCGUGGCAUGAGAGAUGUUGCCUCAUUCUACUCCAGACAGGGUCAUGGCCAUUCGCAGAAGAUUAAGGAGGCAAACCAACGAGCAGCUGAGAAAAUACUCCAGAGAAAUUCCCUGUUGAAAGAGAGAUCUGCCAUCGAUCUUCAUGGACUACAUGUGGAUGAAGCUAUUGAAGCCUUAGAAAGAAUUAUUCCAGAAAGGGAAGAAGAUUUAAAGGCCAACCCUGACAAGAGGAAGCAGCAUCUAGUCAUCAUCACCGGUAGGGGGAGUCACAGUAGAGGUGGCAUAGCUAGGAUACGUCCAGCUGUUCUUCGAUUCCUUGUUGCCAAUGGUUACAAGUACAGUGAGAUUUACAAAGGAUGCUUUAAAAUUUUACUAAAAUAUCGAUGACAUUUACAGACCCCACAGGACAUUUGAAACACCAUCUUAAGAGCGACUCUUAACAGAACUUUGGUUCCUCAGACACACAGGAAAUAAUAUGCUAGGUCCUGUGUCCUCAAGGCAGCUAUAGAUCAUACAAAUGGCAGUUUUUGAUAUCUCUGUACAAAUAACAUGACUUUUGUAUACCAGGGUACAAAAGGUGUUGAAGAAUAUGCAGGAUGGCAACACUCAUCCUUAAAGUACAGUAUUUUUGUUUUUAAUAAUGUAUUACAGAAGUGAAAUUAACAUUGUAGUGUUAAUUGAUAUCAUCCAUUGUUCCCACCUACAGUAAAGACAAUAGCAGCUAUCUUGAUAUUGUUUAGAUAUCAAUGUUUUAAUAUGUCUACUUAAUUUUUAAUCUUUCAGGUAGGAAGAACACACAUUUAAUCAUUAUGAGUUGUUAUACCCUAGUUUUAAAAUCAUCCAUUAAGGGAUAGUUUGGAAUUUACAAUUUUUAAAAACUCUCUAGAUGUGAACAGUUGUUUGUGACUUUUAAUGUCUGGUUUAUAGAUUUCACUUUUACAUAUUAUUUUGAAGAUCGUGUAUUUCUUUAAAGCAAAAUGUUUUGAUCUAUCUCAAUUCACCAGUAUUGAAUACCUGUGUAUUCAUCAGAUAAGAUUGUAACAGCAUAUUUUAUUUGAAGCCUGUACAUAAUUUACCAUUGUGGUAAGUUUCCACUGGAUGUGGUGUAAUUUUCACCGUCAAAAUUGAAACUCCUCCAAAAAUCAUAAAUCUCCAACAAAACGCAAUAUUAGAAAUUCUAAACUUAUAAAGAAUAGUGAGUAUUUAAACAGUUAUUUUAGAAUUAAUCAAUGUUAACUUUAGAAGGCAAUGGCAAUGUUUAUUUUGGGUGGACAUGGGAAAUAAGGGGGUUGGGGGCUGAUGUUACAGAAUACUAUAUAGUUGUUAAAUUUCACAGUGCUAAUAUUUCACAGUUGUCCCAGCUUGAGCAAGUUUGCUGGUAUUAAUUUAUGUGUAUAUCUAUGUACCCAUGUGUACAGGGUAUAACAGAUAUUUUCUAAGAUUUUCAUUCCCUUUAGAAAUGUUUGCUGAAUGUUUGCUUUAGUGAUAAAUUUAUUGACUGUGAAUAUGGCAAAAUUAACUCACCGACCCCAAAUAAUACAGCAGCUGAAUUAACUCUUUGUUUCCAAGAAAUACUCCGGAUAAAUACAAGAUUCAUGAGUUAAGCAGCAGAGAAAACUAAUUCAGGCAACUUGUAAGUAUUGUGAGGAUGUGUCACUUGGACAAUUACCAGCAAUUAUCUUCACUGAUUUGACGAGAAGAUUUUAAUGUGUUUAUUCAGAUUAUAUUAAUUUCAUCCAUACAUUUAUCAGAAUUUUUUUUUAUUUUCUACUUGUGAUAUUUAAAUGUUAUUUUGAUGUUUUUCAAGUCACAAUGACAAGGUAGCAGAGUCUUGACAGUUCUUAAUUGUUUUUGAUGACAUUUGUAUUGUGUACAAUUUGUUUUAAAAUAGAAAAUGCAUAUUUUUAAGGAUAAUUUUAAUAUUUUCCA